AUGGCCGCCACCUGUGACUAUGGAUUGGCCUUCCAGGAAGUGAUCAGCCAGUGUCUCAGCAGUCACGAUCUAGUCUACCUCCGGGACAGAGGCGUUACUAACGACGACCAAGUGGCGCGGCUGUGCCCGGAUGUGAUACGCAGACAGGAAGUGGAUACGCGCUGCAAGCCACGUGACAAUCGCGACGGCUCGGACACGAAGCCCACGCUGGCUGAGGUUUGGGGUUACGGCGUGCUGUCAGUCACCCUCAUCAGCUUAUGCUCACUGACCGGAAUUCUUCUGCUCCCCAUCAUGGCAAAGAACCUCUACAAACAGAUUCUCAGCUUCUUCAUCGCCCUGGGCGUCGGCAGUCUGGCGGGCAGCGCCGUGUUUCAUCUCAUACCCGAGGCGCUGGGUUUGGCCGACGUUGAUCCAGAUAAGACCUAUCUGUGGAAGUUGGUGCUGGCUGCAGGUGGAAUCUACGUUUUCUUCCUUGCCGAUCGCAUCAUGAAGAUACACCUGGGAAACAAGCAGAUGCGUAAAGAAGCCAAACACGGGGCAAGGAUUCUGCACAAUGAGUCUACGGCAUCCUCGCUCAAUAUAACUCCCUCUAAUGACGUCGUCGGUCUCAGGAUCAUUCACCUACCGGAGGAGAAGAACGGACACGUCGGCAAUCACGACCACACGCUUGUGCUGGAAGCUGAGCCGUCCGAGCUGUCACACGGACACACGCACGGGACAUUUGACCCGGAAGAAAGCGUCAUCGCCGCCGUAGCGUGGAUGAUCAUAUUUGGCGACGGAUUGCAUAAUUUCGUCGACGGACUGUCGAUCGGAGCUGCAUUCGCAGACGAUCUCUGGAUCGGAAUCAGCUUAUCCGUCGCCGUCUUUUGCGAGGAGUUUCCGCACGAGCUCG